AUGCCAUUCUUGAAACAGCUCCGUCGGCGGUCGAAGGCAAGCUUCCAGGCCGCCGACUCCAAAAGUGCCCAAGUUCAGGUUGUCGCCGGCAAAUCCUCCUCCACGAUCGACACCUCUUCGCACAGCUCUAUUACGCCCCCAUCUUCCAUUAAACCGACCCUCUCCUCCCCCAAUCUUCCCUCCUUAAUCGAGUCAAAUGGAACCAGCACCCCUCUGCCGCCGCCCCCGCAACGGCCGGGACCGUUUGUGACCAACUCGCAGCGCAACAGUGUCGUGGGCAGCUCGUCCUCCUCGAUCAAUGGCGCAUAUCGCUCGCCUACCCCAAGCUCGCCCUACGCGCCAAGAAUUGUGUCGAUCGCUGAUAACUCCUGGGUCCACCAGAAAGUGCUUCUGAUAUAUGGUCAAAUCGGAGAUCCACGACACCACCCGCUGGAUGGAUCCCUCACAGUCUUCCACCACCAAGAUAAUUUCCCGUCGAUCGGCUGGCCCGUGAUGGCAUCGCAUUUUAAAGCUCUCGUUCACCUCGUGCCCGGUCCAAACCGCGUGCGCUUCGACUUCGUCUCGCCCAAGCUGUCGUCGGGAAGCUCCCACCCCGCCGUGCACUCGACUUGGAUCUGUAUCAACUACCUGCCAUUAGUUAAUUCCCCACCAUUACACCUGGUUAUCCUUCUCGGCAAGGAUUCGGAUGGCACGUACGACGCCGUGCCCGAACGUGUGGAGCGCGAAGGGAAUGGCUUGGAAACCGCAAUCAAAAAAUACCGAAAUGCCGCAUACCUCUGGCAAGCGUUCACCGGCGAACAGAUGUUUCGCAACAACUUUGGCCGGCGCUGCUUCCGGUUUGAGGAAGAGUGGCAAUCAGGCAGUCUGAGUCGCCGGGACGCGGCGGUCGGCCAGAUGCGCAACGAAGCCAAAGUCCAUGUGAUCCGCAGCGACAAGACCGUAGCGGAGCUCCGGGAUCUCAAUAUUGCCCAACAGUACGAUUCCGCCAAGAAGAAGGAUGAGCUGUUCAACAUCGCCAAGCAGGCCGUUCAAAGGCACUUCAACCCGCAGCCUGGUCAGAAGCAGUAUGUGUCUGUCCUCUUACUCGAUUCCCACUGGGACACGGUAGCGCAGACCGUUACCGGUCAUGCGGCAUUGGGCUCAGCGGGAGACGAUAUCAAGAUGGCCAUCUUCGGUUCCCACUGUCUACAGAGCUAUCCGUCCUGCCUCGAAGAGGUCGUGGAUGCCUUUUCAGACUGUACCAGAACGGAUACUAACUACGUCGCCAAUGAUUGUGGUGAAGCUGGCUCCAACUGGGAAGCCGCCAAUAUCGGCAUUGGAGCUCACCUCCAUGAAGUUGGACAUCUCUUCGGAUGCCCGCACCAAGAAUCUGGAGUGAUGCUUCGAGACUAUGUACGAUUUAAUCGAUCAUUUUUGACUAAGGAACCCUAUUCCACGCGGACCAAGGCUCAAGGCCUGAAGGUAUGCUUGCCAAAUGAUGAAUGUGGAUGGCAUCGUCUGGAUGCGCUGCGAUUUCGAUUCCAUCCUUGCUUCCGCCUCCCCAGUGAUGCAUCACCAAGCAACGACGACAGCGUCCAAGUUUGGCCCGUCGAAAAUGGUAAAAUAUUGUUUACCGCCUCGUCUGGCAUCGCAUUCGUGGAGCUGUACGCCGAGGGAGACGAACUGUGCCACCAUUUCAUCGAAUAUGUGAACAGCGAGUCAAGCCCUAACGGCUUGCCCAAGCAAGUCACCAUUACAGAAAAUGAGCUCCGGCAACAAUUAUUUGGUAACGAGAAGGAAAAGAAAAAGAAAAUCAAGGUCAUCGUCUAUUCCGGCACCCUUGGCAGCUACACGGUGGAAGAUGUCGGCCUGCUCAAGUCAAAGCAUUCCCUUGUCAAGCUUCCCAAGGGCCAAUCAGGCUACAAGAGCGGAAAGCUAGGACAGUCCACGAUGGAAGGCAGUGAGCCGGAGCAGGUGCUAUUGGAAUGCGCCUUCAUCAAGACCAAGCUCUUGACCUCCAUCAAAGUAUACCAUGGGCACGCACUAGAUGGUAUCGAGUUCUGUUACGAGGACAUGACCAGCCAGCUCUUCGGAAAGCGCGGCGGCAAACCUGGUGGUGAUGAAUUUGUUCUUGACACCCGGCGCGGAGAGAUUCUGCUUGGGUUCUAUGUCCGAGCUGGACUCUGGAUUGAUGGAAUCGAGAUCCUCACUAGUCUUGGCCGAAAGUCCGGCUUCUACGGCAAUGCUACCGGGGGAUCAGGUCAUACUCUCAUUCCACCCCUUGGAUAUAAAAUCGCCGGUGUUGCAGGCUCGUGUGCAUCGUGGAUUGAUGGGUUUUCUCUCAUCGUCCAGCAUUAA